AUGCUGAACCUUUUUUCCUUGGAAUAUAAAUCAGCUGUUAUGAAACUACAUGACUAUAUUAACUUUGCAGAGGAUAACCAAUGCAUUUUAAUAAUUUCAGGUGAAGUGAUUGUCAGACUGGUAAAAGGCACUGACCGCUGCAAUGGCAUACUAGAAGUAAACCUAAACUCCAGCUGGGUACGUGCUUGUAAUAAUAACUGGUAUUAUGGUACUGCUGAUGCAGUCUGCAAAGAGCUGUUUUGUGGUACUCCUUUUGAUAUACAAACCAACCUAACUGAUGGAGAAGGACAGAAUGGAGUUUGGCUGAACAAUGUAACAUGCAAUGGAUAUGAGACUGCUCUGUCUCAGUGCUCCAGUCAAAAGUGGAGUAAUGCGUUCUGUAACUCUGCACAACAAGUUUAUAUUAAAUGCUCAGGUGAGCAAAGAAUAACCAGCAUACAAUUUUCAGAACAAGAUGGUUACUGUUCAGGCAAAGUCAAAUUUGCUAUGUCAAGUCGUUUUUAUUAUCAAAACACACCUGUAGUUGAAUGGGACAUUAAGGAUGCAAACACCGCAUGCAGACAGAUGAGCUGUGGAUUUGCUAUUGCAGCAUCAACUAGAUUGGAAUAUGGACGUGCGUCUACAUGGUUGGAUAUUCAUUGCAAAGGAAAUGAAAGUUACACAGAUAAUUGUCCUUUCUCAGCCAUUGAUUCUAAUGGAACUCGAUAUGGAAAUAUACCAUACGUUAAGUGCUCAGGUUACUUUAAUGUACGGAUUGUGAAUAGUACGAACACCUGCUCUGGGAGAGUUGAGGUCUAUUAUAACAAUACAUGGAGUCCUGUCUCUGUCGAUGGAUGGGAUAUAAAUGAUGCAAAUGUCAUGUGCCGAUCACAAGGAUGUGGUUUUGCACUAACAGCAGUGACUGACUACAGGUUUGGUGUAACAUCUAAUUCUACAUGGCUUACAAAUGCUCAGUGUAUAGGAACGGAGUCUUCCCUGCAUUAUUGCUAUGUUAAAGUCUUAUCAUCAAAUACCAAUCCCACAGCAGCUGCAGGAGUUAUUUGUUCUAUAGGAAACCUAAAUGUAAGGCUGACAAAUGGCACAGAUCGUUGCAAUGGUAAACUUGAAGUGAACAAUGGUACUGAGUGGGGAGCAGUUUGCAAUAAUUAUUGGAAUAUAAACCAUGCCAGUGCUGUGUGCAGGGAGCUGAAAUGUGGACAUGCGCUUUCUGUACAAGGAAAUAAUUCUUCAGAAGAAGAAUCCAGGAGUGUAUUGCUCAGUGAUGUAGUGUGUUAUGGAUGGGAAUCUUCAUUUUCUCAAUGCAUAGUUACUCCCUGGUUGCAGCCUUCAUGUAACAAUUCUCAAACAGCCAGCAUAACAUGCUCAGGUAGCAUUCCCUUGCCAUUACGUCUUGUGAAUGGAACCAAUCGCUGUUCUGGUCGAGUUGAGAUUUAUUACAAGUCACAGUGGGGUACUGUGUGUGAUGACUUAUGGGAUAUAAAUGAUGCCAGAGUGGUCUGCAGAGAAGUUGGUUGUGGACAGGCAGUUUCUGCCCUAGGGAAUGCAUAUUUUGGGAUGGGCUCAGGUCCUAUUACUUUGGAUGAUGUCCAGUGCGCAGGAAAUGAAUCUCAUCUUUCAGAUUGCUCAGCCAGACCACUUCUGCAGCACAACUGCCAACACUCUGAAGAUGCUGGUGUCAUUUGUGAAGAUGAGCUGGCUGUCAGACUAACAAAUGGCACCAACCGAUGCAAUGGUAUCCUUGAAGUCAGCAUCUCUUCUGGGUGGAAACGUAUAUGUGCUAACAGCCAGAGUCUCUCUUUUGCAAGUGUGAUCUGUAGAGAGCUGAUCUGCGGUCAGGCAUUAUCUAUUCAGUACACUAUAGCAGAUGAAGGAAACUCAGAACUAGUCCUGCUUGAUAACAUUAAUUGCAAUGGAUAUGAAUUAGCUUUAUCAAAGUGUUGGAGUCAUCCAUGGAGAACUAGCUCCUGUAACUCAUCACAAGAAGUCACCAUCACAUGCUCAGGCAGCCAGAGAGCAGUAUAUGGAAGUAUUUUAUAUCAAGGAGAGUACUGCGCAGGCAACAUACAAUUUGCAUUUAAUAAUGAUGGCUGGAGUUCCUGGAGUUAUCAGAUUGCUCCCAUUGUUUCUUGGGAUAUUAAUGAUGCAAAUGUUGUAUGUCGAGAGAGCAAUUGUGGAAUUGCAGUUGCAGCAUCAACUUACAUUCAGUAUGGACGUGUAUCAGCUGUACUAGAUAUCCAAUGCCAUGGAAAUGAAACUUCCUUGUAUUACUGCCCACAGUCUGUUAUUGAUCCUGACAGAAGUCUGUAUGCCUUGUACCCUGCUGUUCAAUGCACUGGUUACUUUCAGACUAUGAUCACUAAUGGAAGUCAACGUUGCUCUGGCAGCAUUGCUGUCUGGUAUAAGGGUAUAUUGAGCCCUCUCUCAGCAGACGGAUGGGAUAUAAAUGCUGCAAAUGUUGUGUGCAGGUCACAAGGCUGUGGGUUUGCUCUGGCUAAUGUCUCAGGCCCCUGGCUUGGUACAGCUCCUGUUACUUCCUGGAUUAACAAAUUCCAGUGUUCAGGGACAGAAAGUUCUAUAUAUUAUUGCUCUGUAGAAUUUCGGGAAAUAAAUAUCACCAAUUCCUCACCUGUUGCUGGAGUCAUUUGCUCUUCAGGUGAAUUGAUUGUCAGACUGGUAAAAGGCACUGACCGCUGCAAUGGCAUACUUGAAGUAAACCUUAAGUCCAGCUGGAAACGUGCUUGUAGUAAUAACUGGAUUUAUGGUAUUGCUGAUGCAGUCUGCAAAGAGCUGUUUUGUGGUUCUCCUUAUGAUAUAAAAACCAACCUAACUGAUGGAGAAGGACAGAAUGGAGUUUGGCUGAACAAUGUAACAUGCAAUGGAUAUGAGACUGCUCUGUCUCAGUGCUCCAGUCAACAGUGGAGUAAUGCGUUCUGUAACUCUGCACAGCAAGUUCGUAUUACAUGCUCAGGUGAGCAAAAAAUAACCAGCAUACAGUUUUCAGAACAAGAUGGUUACUGUUCAGGCAAAGUCAGACUUGCUAUGUCAAGUCGUUAUUAUUAUCAAAACACACCUGUAGUUGAAUGGGACAUUAAGGAUGCAAACACCGCAUGCAGACAGAUGAGCUGUGGAUUUGCUAUUGCAGCAUCAACUAGAUUGGAAUAUGGACGUGCGUCUACAUGGUUGGAUAUUCAUUGCAAAGGAAAUGAAAGUUACACAGAGAAUUGUCCUUUCUCAGCUAUUGAUUCUAAUGGAACUCAGUAUGGACAUAUACCAUACGUUAAGUGCUCAGGUUACUUUAAUGUACGGAUUGUGAAUGGUACGAACACCUGCUCUGGGAGAGUUGAAGUAUAUUAUAACAAUACGUGGAGUCCUGUCUCUGUCGAUGGAUGGGAUAUAAAUGAUGCCAAUGUCGUGUGCAGAUCACAAGGAUGUGGUUUUGCACUAACAGCUGUGACUAACUAUAGGUUUGGUGUAACAUCUAAUUCUACAUGGCUUACAAAUGCUCAGUGUAUAGGAACGGAGUAUUCCCUGCAUUAUUGCUAUGCUGAAGUCUUAUCAUCACACAGCAAUCCCACACCUGCUGCGGGAGUUAUUUGUUCUACAGGAAACCUAAAUGUAAGACUGGUAAAUGGCACAGAUCGCUGCAAUGGGACACUUGAAGUAACUAAUGGUUUUGAAUGGGGAGCAGUUUGCAAUAAUUACUGGAGUUUAAAUCAUGCCACUGUUGUGUGCAGGGAGCUGAAUUGUGGAUAUGCUACAUCUAUACAAGGACAUUAUUCUUCAGGACAUGACUCUAAGAAUAUAUUACUCAGCAAUGUAGUGUGUUAUGGAUGGGAAUCUUCAUUUUCUCAAUGCAUAGUUACUCCCUUUUUGCCACCUUCAUGUAACAAUUCUCAGAUAGCCAGCAUAACAUGCUCAGAGGUGCAUAGUCAUAAGAAGAUAAAGGACAAAACAACCAAAAGGAAAGAAUCAAGAAACUGAAUCCUGCUUUAGAAGAUGAACUGUUCUGGGUAUAACAGCAUUACAUGACGGUUCAGCCCUGAUUAAUAAAAUAGAAUUUGCAACCAAUAUCUGAUUUGUAAUUUUCAAAUAUUUUACACUCUUAUAUGUAGAAAUGUUUCUAAUAUUAAAGAUUAGGCCAUUUUUUUAAAUGUUUCUAAUGUUCUGCUGCAUGAUAUUUCGAAUGUUCAUUUGAAUUUUGAAAAAUAAGGUAUAUUUAUACAAAGUUACUUAUUCCUUUUGAUGUUGUACUUAAUAUUUUGGACUAUUCUUUUAAGUUUUUGAUGUAUGGGAUAAAAUAUUCUAUAUGCAAAUCACAUAAUGCAGCAGUAAUAAAAAGUAUUCUUAUUUGCCUGCAACAUAGUUAUUUGGUUUUUGGAGCUUUCACUUAUUUUCACUCAUCAUAGCCAAGUGACGCCUCCAAGUGUUUCUCCAGUUACAGACUGCUGACACCUGUAGGCGUCAAAUACUGUUCAUUUUUGCAUUAAUAAUCCCAAAACCAUGCUACAUACAAAGUAUUAAAGGAUUUCAUCUUAAAGUUUAGACAAUGACAAAUGCAUCUGAAUUGAUAUUUGACCUCUGUCUAGUGCUGCUAAAGAGAUAUUAAUUGUCUAUAUAAUGUUUUUCUAAAUAUCCCGACAACCAAGUAGCGCAGACAGAAUACAUGAAAGCACUCAGUUGGAUGAGCAAAGUGUUGCUAACAGUACCCGUUUACUCAAUCUUAAAAUACUUUUUCUUAUAUACUACCAGUCAAAUUUACGGUAACUCCAACUAGACUGGCUGCUCUUAUUAACUCUGCAUUCUGUCCUUGUACUUAUCUUAUGUUAAAUGACAAAUAAUCUGUAUAUGUUUUUACUGUACUAACUUGAAAAUGUUUAUUGUUUGUAUAUAUACUUUGAGUCUACCAACUUGAAAAUGUUAAAUGUUUGUAUAUAAAACUAUUUUUCACUUACAAUUUUCUCCCCAGGCCUCUGCUGAAAAGGGCUAUCUGCUCAGCUGUACAAACCUGGUCAACAAAUGUAAAAUAAAUAAAUGUACAAUAAUAAAUAAACAACUUGAGUGGCUACUGAG